AAGGCUAAAGAGAUUCAGAAUAAAUGGCCAUGAGUAUGGUUCAAACAGAAAUUUUAAUGUUCACCAUUGAGGAAAUCAGACUUUGGGACAGACAGACAGACAAAAAAAAAAAGGUGUACCGGAGUUUGAAGUAUACAUAAGGUGUGUCCAAUGAUUGUGUUGUAAUGUUGUAUCAUGGUGUUGUCCAGAAGAUGAUUGUGACUUCUCUUGUGUCUCCUAAAAUGAUCAGGAGUGUCCGUCCUCCCUUUUUCUAACUGAGCUGUGCCUCCAGCACUAUUGCUGGCCAGUAUGGACAAAAGGGGUGGGAAAACAAAGAGCUUUUCUUCAGGUACUCUUGUAAUCUGAUCUGUACGGUGACUCAACUCUCCCAACAGCAGCUGUCUCAGGGCCAUGCAGUGCUGUGUGAGCAGUGCGAAGAUUUUGCUGCCACUUCCUGAUUUCUGCCUUGAGAGGGAUCUGAGCUGGGACAUGAUCCGAGCAUUUAAAUGGACUUCUCAACCCCAGGAACGGAUAGAGAACAGAGGAAUAGAGACAUCAGGAAAGAGCCCACAAACCACUUGUGCAGAGCUGCUGCUGUCAAACUGAUGAAGACAAACUGGGGAGGGAAAACUGCACGGAAAGUUCCUAUUAAGGAAAGGAGUGAGGUUUUGUUUGCAUGUCAUGGCUCACCUAUCCCACAAACCCUGAAAGUGCUGUAAAAACUGAGAAGUGUGAAAGGGAACCUCAUGUACCCAUGGAAAAGACAGAUGACCAGAACUGCCAGCAUAGACAUGAAGAGGACAACCCAAGGAGUUCCCCAUUUGACUUUGUGAUGAAACAGUUCCAAGGAAAGAAGUGUGCUCCUGAAAAAAGGAAAGAGCAGCCUUCAGCCAUCAAACAGUUCUUCAAAGGCUUUGACUUUGGGAAAUCUGAAGGCAAGGACAGAAGGGAAAUUGAAGAAACAGAAAUAAACAAUUAUGGAGCUGAUGAUCAGAGUGAAAAGCAAGAUCUCUCUGUAGAAGAUGGACUAUCACAUCUCACUUCUGAAGCAGAGUCACCAUCUGGUGAACAGAGAUUUAACCAGUUCAUGGAGAAACUGGGAAAGAAACCCAGCAGCAAGAAUCUGGAUCUAAAUAAUUGUGCACUAAGUGCAGCAGAUAUAACAGAGCUAGCUUCUUUACUGCCAUUUCUCCCAGAGCUGGAAGAGAUCAGCCUGUCCUGGAAUGGUUGUGCUGGAGGAACUUUGAAAGCUCUCACUGCCCAACUUCAUCAUGUGAACCUGUUAAGAGUCCUCCGACUUAACAACUGCAGGCUGACAGCUGAGGAUGUCAUCUCCUUGGGAGAGGCAUUUGAAAUUGUUUCUCAGCUUGAAGAACUGGACUUAUCAUGGAACAGUAACAUAGGUGGAAAACUAUCACUGCUGACAAAAAAACUUCAGGAAGGAUGCAAAUUAAAAUGUCUGAAAAUUACAGACUGUAACCUGACAGCAAAGGAUGGAGAAUCACUUGCUGAACUUCUAAAUGUGAUCCCAAACCUUGAAGUAUUAGACAUCUCUAUCAACAAAAACAUUGGCUGCAGCAUGAAGGUUAUUGCUCAGGAUCUGAAAAAUGUGCCAGGCUUGAAAGAGUUAAACUUGCACAUGUGUGGAUUAAAGCAAGACAGCCUCCAGGGCUUAGACACUGCUUUGCAGCACCUCACAGAGCUAAGGAAAUUAGACAUCUCGUGUAACAGAGAGAUUGGCGGCGGCUUUAAAGCAUCAACAGCUCAUUUGGCCAGCUUGAAAAAUCUGGAAGUCCUUGAUCUUCACCAGUGCUGUGUCACAGAAGAGGACAUGACUGUUUUGUCCCAGGUGAUACCUUUACUCUCCAAUCUUCAAGAGCUGAAUUUAUCCUCGAAUAAAAAUGCAGGACUCUCAUCAGAUCCUCUUCUGGGCAGGCUCAGGUUUUUACCAAAGCUGAGAUCUGUGACCAUCAGCAAUUGUGGCUUAGGUGAAGAGUCCCUUUCAUCACUAGCUGAGGCCGCCCUUCACCUUCCUGAACUGGAGAUAUUAGACCUUUCUUGGAAUAAGUGCGUUGGUGGGAACCUAAAGCUGCUUUUGGGAGCACUAAAGCUUGCAACGGAGAUUCAAGUGUUAAGACUGAGCAGCUGUAACCUGGUGGCUGAAGAUUUGGCACUUCUAACAUCCCUGAGGCAAGAUGGCCAUUUAGCCAGAUUGCAGAAGCUGGAUUUGAGUUAUAACAACAACAUCUCUGAUGAAGGCUGGGCUGUUUUCUGCCAAGGUUUAGGAGCAUUCAAGGAACUCUCAGAGCUGGAUGUGAGCCUCCGGCCGUCGUCCUGCCGGGACUGUGGGCCAUGGUUUGGGGAGCUGUUGGCAGUGCUGACACAGCUGCCAGCCUUGGCAGAGCUGGCCAUGCAAAGAUGGGCCCUUUCAGAGUCCCAGAGGAAACAAAUGGAAGGCUUUAAUCAAGACAACAAAAGAAACAUUCGUUUGGACUGUUGAUGAAGGUUGGAGGUGUCUGAAAGGCCUUUUGGGAGCAGCAGGUGAAGCAAGCAUUACAUGUGUCUGACUUAGAACUGACUGCAGUCUUUAAUAAUCUCUUGAAAUAGUUUCACAGUUAUUGAAAACUGUUAUUUGACCAUCUGCAACAUCAAUCAUUCCAUUUCAUAAUGUCCUUUCAGAUCUCUGGGCCACACUUACUCUGCUCAAUCUUCAUGUUGUGAAUAUUGGCAGGGCCACUGCCCACAGAGCGAUGCUGGGGUCAGUGGAGGGGCUGGGGUUUGUGUUGAUGCAGGUGUGUGGGCAGUGUGAAUGUGGCCUCAGAAGAUACCUCUAAUGUGGACAUACUUGAAACAUCCAUGUUUUAAAUUUUUGUUUCUUCUCCCCUCAAACUUUUGCCUCUUUGUGAAUUAAUUAAAUCAUAAGUGGGAGAUUUGGCAUCCAUCCUAACAACUCAACAGUAUAGAUUAGUCCAGGAAGGAGAAUACAGAAGGAGCUCUGCUCUGGCCCUUGAUACCAUCUCAUAGUAUAGAUGAGUCCUGUGUAGAGAAUCAGCAUAAAAUCAAGGUAAGAAACACUUAAUUGGUGUCUUUGCAAGUCUCGGGGCAAGGAAAAAGCUAUGGUACAUUAAAUCAGAGAUAUGUCCUGCUACUUCAACAAGAAUUUUGGUUACAGAGAAAUCAGUAAGUGCCAAAUUCUGUGUCAUGGAGCAUGUUAACCCACACGUGAGCUCCAGCACUGCAGUGGGAUUAUUCAAAGGUAAGGUAUUUUAGGAAGUAAAGAUAUUAGAUCUGCCCACUGAGUGAGGAGUCUUAGAGAAAUCCUGAGGCGGCUCGAGGGAUAAAGUACUGCUCAAUUAGCUCUGAGCAUCUCUACAUGCUGCAGCAGUGUCCUGGAGGAGUGGCACAACAGGAUCAUUCAGUGGCACCUUUCUAACUUGCUAAGCCCCCCACCCCUCAGCAAGUUCUCCCUGGCAGAUGCUGAUCAAUAUUCAGCUUUCAGUCCAACAUCAGCUUUUUCCUGUUCAGGGCUAUAACCAGAAGCUGACUGUGCUGAUACCUAUUGAUCAUUUAAUCCAUGAUUUCAUGUAAGAGUCACUCUGGACUUCCUGGUUCCACUUUCAGUUCCACUUGAAAAGUGCACUUGGCUCCCCCAGAUUUGAGAAAUGUGAGUUGAACUCACAUUUCUCAGUCAGGGGCAGCAGGGAAUUGCUGUGUGAGAUCUUAAACCUCUGAAAUAAAGCAAAGACCCUCUGCUUCUUUUAGGGCUAACAGGAGAGAUGUUCAAGCAGUGACUUAAGCCAGGACAGUUGUUCUAUAGAAUAAAAACCAUCAUGUCAGUUUAACAGCAUCACACCAACCUGUUCUCUUUAUCACUUGUCUUCAGAUGACUUUGCUCCUCAAAUCCACCUUUGAUCCAGCUGGGAAAUUGAUAUUUUAUCUGUUCUGUGAAAAUUUCUCUGAAUUAAUCCUUUCCCACUCGAACCUCUCUCUUCAGUUUACCUUUAUUGUCUAUUUUCUGUUGAAAUCUUCCUAAGUGAACUCAAUUUCAGUGUUGGGGCUUCUUGUGCUUUCAUAGCUGGAUUCCUCAUUCUCAGCUCCAGAGCCCAGGAUAGACCCACUGCUGGCAAAAUUUCCUCUGUCCCUGAUCCCCCUGCUCUGUUCUUUGCCUUCUUAUUAUUCUGUCAUGCCAAUUGUGCCACUAAAAAGCUUUUGUUCCUUUUAUCACCUCUACUAAAUGUCUUCUCAAUCUGCCAGUCUGCCCAGAAAUCUCUCUUCCAGUGAUUUCCUCCUUGGCAGUUUCUGAUUCAUCCUUCUCACUGUUCCUCUUUGCUUUCACUUAGGGUGAAAAAUUUUCAUUAGACAUUUCCAAACAAUCAAAACAGCCUCAGUUACCCAGUGAAAUGGAAAAUCAGAACAGAGCCGUCCCACUUUGCUGCAGUCCCAGCUCUCUCCUGCCAAUGAGCAUGUUAAUGAGAUUUCAGUAUCAAUCAAGAGCUAAACAGAAAUGAGUUCCACGCCCUGGAUGCAGAUUCAGAGGGCACUACCUGGAGAUGGAACUCUGGUUCCUCAUCACCAGCUUCCCUGAGGCAAGGGGAGGGAGAGCAGGACUGCAGUUCUGACCAGCCAGUUGAACUAAACAAAGGGUUUUGCUCCCACCCACUCUGCAUUUCGAACCUGCACAGUGGCUGGCCUCAGUCCAGCUUGGUGCUCUGUGUACACUGCAAAUGAAACUCAGGGCCUUAGAGGGUAGCUGAGCAAUACAGAAUAAAAACUAGACAAGGACAUUGUGUCUAGGACAAACAGGUGUCUGCCUGUCAAAUGCUGUGAAAAGACAUAGUUGCACAUAAAUUUGACAUGCAAGAAUUAUAGCAAUAUUAUGUUUGUCAUAGUUCUUUUUAAUAACAAAGGUGUCAUGUUGUGUCAGAACCAGAAUCAUGGCAGAAAUUGCAUCCUGCAGACCCACUGCUUUCAAAUAAACAUGCCAAACUGUCCCCAGGCCAUGUCAGAGAUGAGCAGCACCACUAAGGAAGUGACAGCUUGCAGUUGUUCAAAGUGCUGUAACUGCAGAUUGUCAGAACAUCAGUGAACAGUUUUACAAAAGUGUGGAGAUACUUUCAAACAGCUUUUUACAGCUCUGUAAGACAGGAUGGCAAUGCAGGUCCUGGUAGAAGUGUGUGGCCUGUCUGGAAUCCUAUUCCACAUUUCCAAACAAGGUACUGUGCAUUUCUGGAGGUAAAGUGCAUAAGUAGGGUUUGUAAACUGGGAUGUUGUUGGGAUCAUUAUUAAACACAGAGAGACAACAUGAGUUUUAAAUGCUGAGCUUUGAUAUUAUUCCUGUUCUGACAUUUCUGACCUGAUGCUGCACCAUGUACCUAAAGAGAUUAAAAGUCCCUCCAGUUCUGCAUUUGGGAGCAGCUGAAAUCCAUGGAAUUUCCCUGUAGCAGCAGAACAAACUCUUGCCCCUUCUAUUGUUCCUGCCUGCAAUUUGCUUAUGUUUUCUGGCAGACAUUUAAUUCCUUUAUCUUGUCCCAGCUAUAAUCUUUCUAAUGACUCCAGAAGAAAGAUCUCCUUUGGAAAGAUACUGAAUUUAUUUUCAGAAAGGCUAAGGCAUUUAAAAUUUUCAGUUCCUUCACCUCCACAGGUAUCUAGACACAGUCAUUAAAAAAGAUAUAUUACGUCAAUUAAAUAGUAAUCUUUGGAAUUUUGUUUUUAGGGAAGAAAUCUCCUAAGAAAAUUCUGUGGAGCUGCAUUACUGUUGAUAGAUGAACACAGAAAAUUCUGCUCAUUAAUGUCACAUUAUACCUCACAGUAUGGUGGAAAUUUUGGCAAAGACAUCUAUGUUGUUUCCUGUGCUGGAAAGAUUUCUUAUGGGUUUCAUUUUAUUUCUCAGCAGAAACAUUAGUCUGCUUCUUCAUUUCCUUUGUAUGCACAGUGCAGCAGAGAGCAAUUUAAAUUAAUGAAAUCUGAAAGUGAGUCUUUUGCAUAAAUUACUAGUUCUGUAAAUGUAACCUUCAAGAAGAAAACUGCAGUGAAAAGAAAAUCCUUGGGAAAAAAAGCAUUGCUUUAAGCAAGAAGGAAAGUAUAUUUUAAGGCCCAAAAUAAAGAUGUCUAUGAAUACUAUUACCCUUACCAUAGCCCAAGGGUGCAUAAUCAUUCAUUAUCCAAUGAACAGCAGAUGUUCACAGAUUUAAAGACAUUAACAAUAUCACAUCCAUUUGCUCACUUUGUGACAUAUUGAUUCUGUGCAAAUGCAGCUCUUAUUUUCCAGUGUACACAGGAAAAAAAGAUGCAAAAACUGCAGCAAUCCCUCCAGUCAGGAUUCCAUCUUUAUGAUUCAACACAAAGGUCAGUGUUUCCAUGUUCUUGCUGUUUUCUCCCUGAAUGAGAUGCCAGCAAUGAGGAGGAUCCCAGGCUCAGGUGUGAACCAGUGCAACGCCCCUUCUCACUGUGGUAGGGAAAAGUGAAUUUGGUUGUAACAGAGAACUUGGAUUGUGCAAAAGGGAGGUAUCAAUGAAAUAAAAAGUAAACCAAAGGAACAAA